UUAGAGAGCACUAGAGUCACCACCACACUUUGAACUAGUCCCCAAACACACUACCUCUUAGAAACCCUCCAAAACUAUUACAGAUUGGCAUUUAUCAGUACAAGCAGAAUAGCUACUAAAUCAACCCAGAAUCAUUGGAAAUAAUUAUUGAACUUUCCUGGAGAGUGUGUAAACCAGCUUUGGUAUCUUUCCUCGAAAUUUCAGCUGAAAUUUCACACAACUUGUCACAGCCGAUGUCAUAAAGCGAAUCAAUUCUUACACACUAACAUGCCAACUCUCAUCCAAACUUGGAGAUGGUUGGUGCGGCCUAAAGUGUGGAGAUUUGUAGGUUUUGCCUCAGCUGUUGUUGGACUUGUCUGUUAUGCUCUAAGCUCUUCCUUCAACUAUCUCUUUGGAAAAUGGAAUCCCUUGAAGAUUGUUCUUUACAGCGUAUUCGGCCUCAUCAUCAGCCUCAUGAUUUUCUGUGCAGAGUUACUACCGCGCUCCACAAGUCUUCGGUUCAAAGCUCAUACAGCAUUUUCGGCACUGGCUUUCACAUCUGCCUAUUCCUUUUUCUUCGACAAAGUGGUGAAAGGGACACCAGAUCUAUAUAGCCUCUUUUCAUGCGCUGCCUUUGCUGUCAUGUCUCUCAGCCUGUCGACGCAAACUCAGUUUGGAUUUGAAAUUGAUCUUCUCUACUUCUUCCUCGGAUGUCUAAUUGUGCAACUCAUGAAGAUCAAAUGGCAGCUAUUCGUUGUUGGAGCAGCUUUCAGCUAUGGUCUUAUUAUUACCCGUACUUCAUUUUCUUCCAUAGACGAUGGAGAAAAUAAUCAGUACCCCGACCUCCAUGAUAUUUUUGUGGUGACUCCAGGACUACAACUCACCAGUUCUAAUAUUGCUAAUGCUAGCAAUAACAAUGGCAUCAAUUCACCACAGUUGGUGAUCAUCACUGAUAUUAGCAGUAUGAUGGAACAACUCAGGAAAUUUGUGACUGCGCUUCAGCAUGAAAAUUCUAAUUUCAUUCAAAUGCUUUUGGAGCAUGUUAAAAAUUAUGUGGUGGCCGAUCCUAACUACUUGAUGGAUGCACUGAAGCCAGAAACCAUCAAAGGCCUUGAGGAAACAGCAAAGGUUAUGGUGAGCGCUGGGUUUGAGAAGGAUUUUUUCGAUGUGUACAUCAAUUGCCGUAGGGAAUGCUUAAACCAAUGCCUAAUGCAUAUAUUUUUCGGGUUGCAUAAUUUCAGUGUCAAGGAUGUCCAUAGUAUGCCGUGGAAAAACCUCGAAGCUGAGAUUGAGAAAUGGAUUAAAGCUUUCAAUGUCACUCUCAAGAUACUCUUACCUGGCGAGAGACGACUCUGCAGUCGCAUCUUAUCCUCAACCACAGCUGAUUUGUCCUUCGUGGAGAUUUCUAGGGGAUCCACCACUCAGCUAUUGAAUUUCGCCAACUCCAUUGCCAAUGGAAGCCGUUCUCCAGAGCGUUUGUUUAAAAUGAGUGAGGUGUUUGAAACAUUGCGUGAUCUAAUUCCAGACUUUGAUUUGUUAUUUUGUGAAGAGUACAGUGUGUCUCUAAGAAAUGAAGCAAUUACGAUAUGGGAGAGAUUGGGGGAAGCAGUCAGAGAGAUUUUCAUGGAGUUGGAGGAUCUAGUUGACAGUUCCUCAACGUAUGGGCAGAUGCGUAGGAUUAUGGAUGCUUUGGAGAGCAGUUUGAAUGAAAAGUUCAAAUUCCAGUAGAUUUUGUGUUGUGGAUCUCCUUACCGAUUCAGCAUCGUAAUUAGUAUUUGCAUUUCAUUUGAGUUUGCAUUUCAUUUGGUUAGCAUUUAGUGGUGUCUAAAAGGAAGAAGAAGUUGUAAUUGUGUAUUAACUGUUUUCAUUUCAAACUUUGAGAGGUUAGUUAGAUGUAUGCUAAUGACCAAAAGUCGCCGAAAAGAAGAAAAUUAGUCAGAAAUGAAGUUUUACUCAAUCUUCAACAUUUAUUUAUGCUUCGUGUUUUACAUACUAAAAAAAGCAAUGAAACAGAAUUUAUCUGAAUCAUAUGAUCAUUCAAAUGUUGAGAAAAUAUUACAAAGCUUCCGUAACUCAAAUAGCUCGAGCUCAUUUA